AUGAGAUUUAACGCAACAGAAUUGUUGAAUAUUUUAGAUAACCUUUAUGGAAAUGUUGGCUUCAAGACUGACUUUGAAGAUAAAGCAGACACAGUCUUCCAAUACAACUUUACACGCGAUCAGAUAAUGAUUCUUAAAAAUAUCUUUGAUUGUAUGGAAUCAUGGAAUAUAGAAGUGAAUGAAACAGGUGAAAAUAUAACAAUAUCGGACAGAAUUGAACUUCUCAGUUUGUGUUUAGAAAAAUCCUCUUCCAGUGAGCCCACGACCCGACCUUUCGUUCUUUUUUGGUGGCAGCAGAUGCUUUGGGGGAUUUUGUUUGGUUUAAUGAUUGUCAUUGCCUUGAUUGGGAAUGCUAUAGCUGUAUGGGUAGUUCUGGCUCAUAGGGGAAUGAGAACAGUCACAAAUUAUUUUAUAUUGAAUCUGUCGUCAGCUGAUUUUACAAUGACUUUGUUCAAUACCACGUUCAACUUUGUGUUUAUGUUGGACAGUCACUGGCCUUUUGGUCACACGUACUGCCUCAUGAACAACUUCGUGGCAAACCUCACAGUGUCGUCAUCUGUCCUCACCAUAAUGGCAAUGAGUUUAGAAAGGUAA